AUCAAUAUUUUGUGUAUAAAAAGCCGGUGUUAGAUCCUUGAAGGCAUCAGUUCUAAUUUUGAUUUUUGAGCUAAACUAAAAGUACAAAUAUUAUAUAAAAAUGAAAUUCAUUGUUUUUACUUUGGCAUUCGUCUGUGUUGCGCAGAACGUUUUUGGUGCUCCAAAACCAGAUGCCCCUGCUCCAGCAGCAGACACACAAACUUUAGAAACACUUAUGAAUAAUUUCAAUGCUGCACUUUUAGAAGGCACUAAAAACAUAUUUGGUGAAGAUGCUGUCGUAGGUUUAAAACAAGCCACAACAGAGGUAGUUGGUGAAAUUAACAAAUUUGUAGAAGAAGUUGGUAAAAAAUCAAAAGAAUUAGAACCAGAAGCUAAAGAAGCUGUCAAGAAGUUCCAAGACUCAAUUAAUGGACAAUUAGCUAAAUUCAAGAAAGAUAAUCCAGAAGUUGCUGCUAGCGCAGAAAAAAUUCAACAACAAUUAGAAGAAACCGUUAAGAAAGUUGUUGAUGAAUCCAAAGUUUUGGAAAAAACUUUAAAAGAUAAUGGUAGUGGUAUCAUGGCUGAUUUGCAAAAAAUGACAAAAGAAACAAUUGAUAAAGCAACAGCUGCAGCGAAGGAACUCCAAAAUAAAUUAACAGAAAGUAAAGCACCUUAAAUAAUUAGAUAAUAAUUUAUUCCUUUUUUUUUUUUGUAAAUUUCUGGCAUGGAUUAUUGAUAUUUAUAUUUUUCGAUUUGUUCUAAUAAUUCAAAAAGCAUCAAACUCUAUGUCAUGUGAAAAUAAUUACAAUUUAUGCAGUUUUCUUUUUUUU